AUGGCUUCAUUUCAACAAAUAAAUGCGACCGAUAAUCACCUGAUUGAAGAAGAACAGCCACACGACCCUUCGCCUCAAAACACAAUUACAGGCAGAACAGCGCAUGUGAUAAUCAGAAUUGGUGCAGAAGAAGGGAUGCGUAGGAAGAUAAAUGACAAGGUUAAAUACAGUAUGUUUAUGGCAUAUGCAUGGCAUAAAGAACUAGAAAUUGGAAGGUAUUAA